AAUCCAACCAUAAUUUACAUUGACAACAGCUAAACACCGUGUUUUUUUGGUAUUUUUGCAUUCAUAUCUUUGUUGUAUUGAGCGAAUAGGACGUCUUAGUCGAAAGCAAACAUUUUGGUAUCUAUACUAGACUGGUGAGAUGGCUGGUCCAGAGUGUCUUCCCUUUAAGACAGUAGAAGAUGUACUAGAGUUUGAACCUGAGAACUAUAAACUGUUUGCUGCCACAGAAACUCUAGUCAGAAGAGUUCCGAUAGCUAGUGAUGCUCCGAAAACAAUACUAUGUCAUGACAUGAGGGGAGGAUACUUACAGGAUCGAUUUGUACAGGGGUCUCCUGAUGCGGACAGCUACAGGUUCUACCACUGGCAGUAUAUAGACGCCUUCAUCUACUUCAGUCAUAACCUCCUUACAGUGCCACCACCCGGCUGGACCAACACGGCACACAGGCACGGUGUCCAGAUGAUGGGUACUCUGAUCACGGAAUGGGACGAUGGGAAAAAACGGUGUCACCAAAUCAUUGAAUCGGAAGAGACCUAUAAGAAGUUUGCAGAUAAAAUGGUGGCAAUCACACAGCACUACGGCAUGGACGGCUGGCUGGUCAACAUAGAAAACGUGGUGGAGGCAGGAAAAGUGCAGCUACUGUGCGACUUUGUAGCUUACCUCACAAAGCGCCUCCAUGAUGUGGUUCCUGGGUCACAGGUGAUUUGGUAUGAUAGUGUGAUAAAAACAGGUGGGCUGAAGUGGCAGGACGAGGUUAACGAGAAAAACAGCAUGUUUUUUGAUGUAUGUGAUGGGAUUUUCUUGAAUUACAACUGGAAAGAUGCGAGUCUGAGACGCUCCAAGGAACUGGCAAGUUCUCGUGGGCGAGCCAUGGAUGUGUACGUGGGAGUGGAUGUGUUUGGGCGCGGCUGUCUCGGAGGUGGAGGAUUCAACACAGUUGAGGCAUUGACUGCAAUAAGGCAACAUAACAUGUCUGCUGCCAUCUUUGCCAUGGGAUGGGUAUAUGAAACUCAGGGCGAGGCAAACUUCCUACAGAAUGAAAACAGGUUCUGGCGACUACUGCAUCACCUUCUGCCAGUGAGGGUCCUGGCCUCCAGUUAUCUCCCCUUCUCCACCUCCUUCUGUCAAGGCUUCGGCCAAAAGUACUACUCUCAGGGAUUGGAGGUAGAUGCUACUUCCUGGCAUAACCUAGGUCUCCAGGAGCUCCAACCCUCACUAACCAAUGCUCAGUUUGAGGGGAAGACUCCAUCCACCUCCAGCAUGGCCCUGGAUACAGAGAUGGCUUUACUAGGGGGCAGCUGUCUCAAGCUCAGUGCCAACCCUGUACCCAGUGAUGGAUCUCCUGUCAUCUACAGGUUGUUCUGUAUGGAAUUCGAGAUAAAAGAACCAGUGGUUAUAUCCUACUCCUUCAAGUGUGACCAAGCUGGACUGGACAUCUUCUUACAGUGUGAGGUAUCUUGUGGCAAUAAGACCAAGAAAUUUUACUUCAAGGGAGACAAUUCCGACAAGAAAUCAGAAUCUGACAGUUUGGCUACUGUAUUUAACCCAACACCAGCUGUGUCCUUCGUGACCAAGUACCCCUCACUUAAACAGGCAUUGGGCAAUAAUGGAAAUGACCAAUGGACAACAAGGUAUUACAGGGUUGACCCCAGCCAAACUGGAGAGUUCACCCUGACCUCUGUCAGUGUAGGUCUAUUUCAUCCAUCAGCACCUGGCCAACAGACAGAAGCCGUGACUGUACGCCUUGGCCAGAUUCAGAUUAUCCCCGAGUCCUGUUUGGAUACUGAAGUUGCGGUCAGCGAAGUGAGUGUUUUGAAAAAAGACAAAGAUGAUGGGACCAAGACACUGACAUGGAAGUGUUCCAAAAUGUCAGCAGUAAAGUACUUCAAUGUGCACUACACACAGAAUGGUGUGAAGCAUUUUGGACAUUCCAAUUGUUCCACUUUUGUGAUAGGCAACGGUCAGUCAAGUACAACCGAUCAAGGGGACGUAACUCAACCAGCAUCUCUAUCUGUUGUAAUACAGCCCGUCCUAAAACUUGGGUUUGCCCUCCCACUGUCAUCAUGCCCCAGUGUAGAGUUAAAACAGUAGUCUGUGUUCAUACUGUAACUUAACCAGCAAUACUGCGACACCUGUCUCAUAUACAUCUGAUGAACACACUGUAUAUACAGUAUAUUAUAUAGGGAGAUUUGUGUGUAUUAUAAGUAGGGAGAUUGUUUUGCUACUACAGGGUAACAUUUCACUAACUAUUAGCAAUUUUUACCAUACUCAUAGGGAAGAAAACAUGUAUCUUCAAAUACUCCAUUCAACAUUAGACAAUGGGGAUUUUUGCAAUAAAUCAUUCUAAUCAAAAGAUAAUUUAUUCAACACCUGAUGCAUAAUAAAUGUUUUAUAUAAUUAAUAGAUUUUUUUUCUCAAGUCCUUCAUUGAGUUAUCAAUAGAAAGUCAAUGGAGAUAUUAAAUUCACAUUAAAUGGAGGCAAAUUUGUUUCACCUUUUAUACAUAGUUUUCUUACUUAAAAUAUUUUUUUUUAACGACUAUGUGAUAUUAGUACCAGUUCAGGGUUCCCAAACGGGGAAAUAAAAGUUCAGUAUAUGACAGAUCAAUGACAAGAAGUUCUCAUGUCAGAAUGAAAAAUUUGAGAUACCUGUUUUGAAGCUUGAAACUGGGAUAUUCCUGAGUAGAUUCAGCGGCAUUGUACUAUCCAUAACAACAGGCAGCUAGAUCAGAUGACAAUCUGCCAUGUGCAAAUUAAAUAAAUUCACUCAGGUUUAUAUUUCUGUGGACAUUGAGUGUAUGAUAUAUAACAGCUUUUAUUUAUACAACAAUGCUGGUGUUAAAAAAUAUAUGUAGAUUGUACUUUUUAUCUUAUACAUUUGUAACGUAAAAUUGUUUCAAAAUCAUUAAGGUGUAUAAAGGUGUAACCAUGGACCAAGUUAGCAUUUUGUGAUUGUGUGUUUGUGUAACCCAUUUGGCAGUAUGUGUAUCAUGAUCUAUAAGUAAGCAAAUUGUCCUAUCAGUGACCGAUUGAUAAUAUAACAUUUACAGUUUUAUCACAUUGUAGGAUAAAAACAUACAUCUUCUCAAACUGGUGUUAAUUUAUUGAACGUAUUAGGUUUAUAAUUUGGUGUACAAUAUUUGUAUUGGGUAAAAUUGUUUUAUUCACAAUAACUGUUUUUGUGCAAUUUUGAUACGACAAUAGGGCUUGUCUACUUUACGCAGAUAGUACAUUUGAUAUUUAAAAAAAUCUUUCCGAACUUUUACAAUGUUAUUUCAUAUUUAACUACUGGUAUGUAUAUAAAUCCUUUUUUUUUUUUUUGCUUCUUGUUGGAAAUACAUUUACAUACUACGUAUACUGGUAUUCUUUACUGGUGUAUUGUUUUUCAUGGUUUAUGUAAAGUUGUAAACCCACAUUGAUUUGCUGGUCAAAUAAAACUUUUCAC